CUCCUCCUCCUCCUCUGCUCCGCUCCUCUCACAUGUAGGUUACCCUCACUCUGUCCAGCAGCAGUCGCAGCUCAGGAUUUGACUCCUCUCUCUACACCAUGCGCUUCGGUCAGAUUUCAGCACAAGAAGUUUAUCCAAGAAGAGUUCCAAAUGCGCAAACGAUGACGCUCCGCGGCGCAAGCAGCGUGUCUAACUGCAGACUACAGUGCGAGCGCGUCCGCAUGAAGUGUGAGUGAGAAAAAAGUGAAGCAGCGGGACAUUUCCUCUCUUAGGUCAACCGAGCAGGUAACUUUCGCCGCGGGUGUGUGGACACAAUGGAUACUUUAAAUCUGUCAGUGACCGCUGUCUCCUCCACUGUGGCUGCUGAGCUCGCCUCCACUGACAAUCCCUUCAAGGCUCCAAUUAGGAACGUGGCGCCGUGGAACUUCACCAUCCUGGCCGUGCUCAUGUUUUUGGUCACCUCGCUGUCUCUGGGCGAGAACUUCCUGGUGAUGUUUGUCACAUACAAGUUCAAACAGCUCAGACAGCCGCUGAACUACAUCAUAGUUAACUUGGCCAUCGCUGACUUUCUCGUGUCCCUCAUUGGUGGAGUAAUAAGUUUCCUGACCAAUUGCAGGGGUUUUUUCUUCUUGGGCAGGUGGGCUUGCGUCCUGGAGGGUUUUGCUGUGACUUAUUUCGGGAUCGUAGCCCUGUGGUCCCUGGCUGUUCUGUCCUUUGAGAGGUUUUUCGUCAUCUGUCGACCACUGGGGAACAUCCGACUGCAGGCCAAGCACGCGAUCCUGGGUCUGAUCUUUGUCUGGACCUUCUCCCUCAUCUGGACCUUCCCUCCAGUACUGGGAUGGAACAGAUACACUAUAAGCAAAAUUGGAACCACCUGUGAGCCUGACUGGUAUUCAACCAACAUGAUAGAUCACAGCUACAUCAUCACUUUCUUUGUCACUUGUUUUAUCUUACCUCUUGGAGUGAUAUUCUUCUGCUAUGGGAAGCUCCUGCAGAAGCUCAGGAAGGUAUCUCAUGGUCGCCUGGCCACUGCCAAGAAGCCAGAGCGACAGGUGACGCGCAUGGUGGUGGUCAUGCUUGUUGCCUUCAUGGUGGCCUGGACGCCGUACGCAGCCUUCUCCAUACUGGUCACAGCUCAUCCGACCAUUAAACUGGAUCCCAGGCUGGCUUCCAUCCCCGCCUUCUUUGCCAAGACAGCCACUGUCUACAACCCAGUCAUCUACGUCUUCAUGAACAAACAGUUCAGGAAGUGCCUCAUCCACCUAUUCACUGGCAUGGGGACCAUACCAGACAGCAACCUGAACCAGACCUCAGAACGACCUGGAAUCACCGCAGAGAGUCAAACAGGUGAAAUGUCAGCCAUUGCAGCUCGCAUCCCCGUGGGUGGCACUGCGUCGCCCAGGUCCGACGACUCUCCCACUGACUGUGGCUCAUUUGCUCAGCUGCCCAUCCCAGAGAACAAAGUGUGUCCAAUGUAACUGUAACCUUCGUCCCAGUGGUUGUUCUCCAACACAAGAGUCUUAAAUUACCCUCUGUAAUCUAGAUAUAGUGUGUUCCUAAAAACCUUGGACAUUUAAGGAAGUGAAGGCCACAAAAAAGAGUCAGCUCUUGAGGUGUUUGCAUAGUGGAUGGUUCUAGCACAUUGUUUUAUAUCUCGCUUGCAAAAGUAAGUAGGGACCGGCACAAAAUGGUGUUAUGCUGAGAAAUCUUGUGGAUAUUUGAUUAAAAAAAAGGCACAGGACUGGGAUCAGGAAGUGGCUGCACCGACAGAACCAACAGAAAUACCAUCCAUAUUUGAUUGGCUACUCCUCUGUCCUGAUUCUAGAACAUAAUCUUGAAUACUCUCACGACCAUCUUUACAAACCUCAUGUAUCACAUCAGAGGUACAUGAUUUUAAUUGAAAGCAUCUGUGAUUGAGAGACUGCUUAAAAGGCAAACUUUGACAUCAGCAACUGAAGGGUAAGCUCGUGUAUCUUUCACUUUUCACAAUGCAUCCAGCCUUUCAUCUCAUCUGGGCCCCAUGAUGGCGCCUGCAGAGAACACAUUAUUUUUCUAUGCUGUUUCAGUACCAUCGCAGGUCAUUCUCAUUCAUCUCCACUCGUCAAGAGGACAGCGCAGAGUCCUCUGAAUUUGGAUUCCUUCACUUUACUUCAUCCCAUGUAGACUAGUCUGGGUCAAAGCUUUCAUCUCUGGUAAAGAUGGUCAGUGGGACUCGGAGAUGCCGGUCUCCUGUUAUGUUCUGUGCGAACGGAGGAGAAAAAACAUUCACACUCAAAUAUAUACACAGCAAAGCAGCACAUGGAGCCUACAUACUGUAUAACACACACUCUCUGCAAUACACUGCCUGUAUUACAAUAUGCUCUAUGACUGUGGUUCUCAAACUUUUUUUUGUACCAAGUACCACCCAAGAAAAUAUAGAAAAUAGUUGCUCUCUCAUCAUCCUCCUCUUCCUCACAUAUACUUCACACACUGGUAUAGCGAAAUUAGAUUAAUGGAUGGAGCGAGAGAUAAGAUGACUCUUAUUAAUGAUAAUUAUUAUUAUUAUUAUCAUUAUUGUUUAAUUUAUUACAUUUUUACCAGUACCACCAGAGGAAGCUCACACACCACUGGUGGCACAUGUACCACAGUUUGAGAACCAUGGCUCUAUGGCCCUGUGAAGAUGAUACAAAGCACCAAUAACAUCAUUACUGAACAGUAACGCAGCAGCCAUGUGCAAAAGCAGCGGUAACCCUCUUUAUUAGCACAGGUCAACAGCAAUAUGAGAGCAUCGCACAGUAGAACCCGUAGAUUUAGCAGUGAGUAGUGAAAUGUGUUGACUUUGUGCUGCAUGUUUGUUCACUAUAACUGGAUAUUUGUUGAAACACUGUUGUCUUCUCUAUGCUGCACAGCGGUUCACUGUGUUUAAAAAAAAAAAAGUGACAGCAUGGUAUCUGUGUGCAAUGAGCUCUGUGUGUGUGUUCUAAUCAUGUCUGGCCAAUCUGUUAGAGGUAACAUUUAGCAUCUUUGAGCAUCAGUGCGUCUGUGUCAGAUUAAAUGUGAUGCCUUAUAAUUACCACAGACGUGAGACCAUGGUUUGACUGGCAAGUUAGCCUCUGUUUGACAGACAUCUCCGUCGUGUGUUUCUUUGUCGCUUUGUUUUUAAUCUAAGAAAACUACAAAUCUGCACUAAUUCUAUUUUAUAUUUAUUUAUUUAUGGGUUGUUGUUGUUGUUGUUGUUUUUUUUUGCUUUAAAUGCUACCACAGAACUAGAGUCCUUCAUAGAGCUAAAGCCCCAAUUUGCAGCAGCACAAUGACCGUCUGUAUGGUUUCAUAUUCACAUUUGCCAUUGAUUAGUUCAAAGAUGUGUUCAGUGACAACCAUUUCAACAUGCUGAGCAUAUACAGGGAUAAUGAAUGUGACUCAUAACAGUCUCCUUUAUCUUGGGCGACAUCACAACAGUAUUUUUUAUUUGGUGACAACUAUGAUAGGAGGACGUGUGGUUAUUCUGAAUUGAGACAUUUGCAAUAUUAAGCGCAGAAAGUUGUCAGCAUGGAUAUUUUAAACCACAACGUGGGAGUAAAACAGCAU